AUGAAGCCUACCGGAAGAAGAAAAACUGAAUGCAAUGAACCGCCCAAAACCAUCAAGCGAGACCCUAAAUCAUCAGGGCAACAUCCACCAUCACUAUUUCAUGACAAAAUCAAUACUUUUCUCAAGGACAAGGAAAUUUGGUGUGUCAAAGCCAUGCAAGGAACCCAGAUGCAGUUUUGGAAACCUUUAAAAACCAUCAACGGCCGCACACUCCUUACUGGAGCUUCAGGGCCUUUUCAUGUUCCUUUUGCUUUUUCUCACAACAAUGAAUCUCUCUCCAGAUAUAGGAACCAUAUGGUUCGUCAUGAAUAUUGGGUGGGAGAUGACGAGGGUCAGCUUGGCCCUAUUGAGAGGGCAUUCAAACAGCAAUCCUCUGAGUAUUGCCCAAACAUCUCCCGUUACUCCAAGGAUGAGCAUCACUCAUGUGUGGGAGUACUUGAGUGUAUUUCAAAUUCUUUUUCAUGUGGUGCUGAUCCAGAUUCAACCUCUUUUGACAUCAUCCUUAGAGGACUUAAGUGGGUAGGUCUUACAUGUCUAGGUUCACAUUCCGACCCAGGCAACAACUGCCAUAGUCAGGUAAGCCAAUUCGUUUCACAGAUGCGCAUGGGUUGUGGUCUGAAAUUUGUGGGAGAAUACACAGAUUACCUCUUAUUCAGACAAAGUGAGGAAUUCAGUGUCAACAUAUCUCACUCGGAUGGGAAUAACUUUGUUUAUUUUGAUGUACAUCGAAGUGGUAAACCUUUCAACACCUAUUCCUCAGGGCAUGAGAAAGUAGAGAAAUUUCCAUCAUCAGAUCCUCCAUCAUCAACCUUGGGAGCUAGUGUUAGUAAAUAUGAAACUAAUGAUGCAACUGCUAGAGAGAACAACUCUGCUCAAACUAAAUAUAAUUUGAUACAACAAUCUGGUAGAAAGUUUGAAGAUGAGGCAGCAGCAAUUGGAGUUACUACACCAGCUCUGAAACAUAGAUGUCAGGAACUCGGCGUGCAUUGGUGGCCUUUGCUCAAGAAACACAAAGGCGAUCACAUUCUAUCUGAUCCGAAACUCCCAAGCACUUCUGUUGAGCCUUCACGCAGUGAAGUCAUUAAAGAACUUGAGAUUGGAAGCUGUCCAUAUAGUGAUGCAACAAAGAAAGAGGCCUCAAAUCGGAAACUUCUGCCCACAAUGCGAAGAGCAAAGGUAUUUUAA